AUGAACAAGAUCAACAAACUACAAGCGUUUUUUUUCUUCCGAUGUUAUGAUUGUCAAGGUGAGUUCGAGGUUACCCAAUGAACCACAUUACUUCUGGGCUAGUAUCUUGAAACCUAAGUACUACUCUAACUAUAGCAUUUUGUCUGGUAAAAGGAUCUGCAUAAAUUAAUUUUGAUUGAGUUGUGGAGAAUCAAAAGAAUAUAAUAAUCUGGUAAGAUAAUUGAUACCUUAGUAAGGAUGAACAAACGUAGGAACCUGAGGAAGAAAAUUUAAAUGUUACUUCCAUGAUUGAAGUUUAUGCAAAAAUUAGUACCUACAAACAAACAAAAACGUGUAAGAGCUCAAAGAUGUCAUUUGGCAUACUCGAGAAAUGAGGAUUUUGGGAAAGAAAAGGAAGAGCGAGAGCUAAAAUUUAAGAGGCAAAUGAAAGAACGAGAUGUGGGAGAGAAAAUGAAAGCACAGUAUGAGCAGUAUAACAUGCGUCAGAACCAAAUUAUGGAGUAUGUCAGAUUGUGCAGGCCAGAGCUAUUUACGAGACCAAGACAACUCUCGGGACUUUUAGAUCACUUCAUCAGAAAUGGGGAGCAUCAACAUAGACCUUGGGAGCAACUACCUAGACACAGGUCGACGGCUUUCAUACCUUUGGAGCAACGCAAAAGACCUGGGGAGCAUCCUAGCAGACCGAGGAGAAACUCUUUGGACCUGCGAAGACACUUUACAUGCAUGGGGAGAAGCUUAACAGACACGGGGCGAUGCCUUUCAUAUCAUUGGAGCAGCGCCAAAAACCUGCGGAGCAGCCUGGCAGACCCUAGGUGCAACUCUUUGGACCUGCAGAGCUGCUUUACAUGCCUAGAGAGCAUCUUAACAGACCUCAAAAUGAUUGUAAGUGUCUCUUCCAUGAUAAUAAGCGUAUUGGGGAGAAGCUCAACAGAAUAUGGGCAAUCUUCUAAGCAAACACGUGAGAUAAUGCAGGUACAUGUGGCCCAGGAACGGACAUCUGGGAUUGGUUACCUAGGCUGUCUAAGAGUUGAUUUAACAUGGAUUAAGCCAAAUUUGAAAUAUUAGGUUUCUCUACCUUCGAUUUGGGUUGAUACUAUAUUGGAGAUUGCGUAAAAUGAUUUGUUUUUUUUCCUUAUGGUUCAGAGGGAUUCACUAUACCUUGUGGCAAAUACUUCUCUUUAAUAAAAUUUAAAUUCUUUGUUUCAA